UAAAGAUCACAGAGUUCAGUGAAACCGUCAGCAGGGUCUGUUUCCUGGUGAUUAUCGAUCCGACCGGUUCACGUCAUGGAGCAAACAUCCGGACUGAAGCUGAAGGUGAUGGACACUCAGAAGGAAGCUCUGUGCAGAAUCAUCAGCACUUUAUCCAAUAAGAACGAGGAGCUGCAUAACUUCCUUGAAGUAGUUGACAACACGCUGACGGGACUUCAGGAGGAGUCGGGUAAGGUGUUGUCUGAGCUGGAGGGGGAGCUUGAGCAGCUAAGCUCCGCCCUGGAUGAAAAGGGGGCGGAGCUUCGUUGCAUCAUACAGGCGGAGAGACAAAGAAAAGAGGUGGAGCUUCAGGUACAACAAACUUUUAAUUAA